ACGCCACUCGAGCAGCCAGUGAUGACCAAGGUGUGUGAGGGGAAGGGUGUGCGCCGCGCAUGUCUGUGGUGAACCGCACUUGUACCAUGUUACUCUGAAAUUACGAAGUGACGAGGAUCUGUUAACCCUCAGCCAUGGAGCGCAUCUUCGGGGCCAAUGGGAGCCGGGCGGAGGACGGCGUGCCCGACAUGACUGUGUUGUCGGACAUCGACGAGACGGCCAUCAACCACAACCUGCGUGUGCGCUACCUGCACGACCGCAUCUAUACCUACACGGGCAGCAUCCUCAUAGCAGUCAACCCAUACAAGGAGCUCGAGAUGUAUGGUCCUGAGGCCAUCAUGAGGUACCAGGGCAAGAAGCUGCUGGAGGAGGAGCCGCACGUGUUCGCCAUCUCGGAGUCGUCCUUCGUGGCGCUGCAACGCUUGGACAAGAACCAGUCGUGCGUCAUCUCGGGGGAGUCAGGCGCCGGCAAAACCGAAACCACCAAGUUCAUCCUGCAGUACCUGUGCUCCGUGACGACCGGCGUGUCCACCUGGGUCGAGCAGCAGAUCAUCGAGGCCAACACCAUCCUUGAGGCCUUCGGUAACGCCAAGACAGUCCGCAAUGACAACUCAAGUCGAUUUGGGAAGUUCAUGCAGGUUUGCUUUGACCCAUCGUGGCACAUCAAGGGUUGUGUGAUGCAAGACUACCUCCUGGAGCAGUCCCGCAUCACCUUCCAGGGCCCUGAGGAGAGGAACUACCAUGUCUUCUAUCAGCUGGUGGCUGCUGCUCAGAACAAUAAGGAGCUGGCAGAGCAGUUCCACCUCAAGCCUGCCAACACCUACACUUACCUGAACCAGUCUGGCUGCAUUGUUAUCGACGGCAUAGAUGACGCCCGCCGCUUUGACAGCCUGCGCCUCGCCUUCAAUGUUCUCCAUGUGCCACAGGAGAUAUGUGAUGGGAUCUAUGGUACCCUGGCUGCCAUCCUUUGGCUUGGAAACCUGGAGUUUGCAGACAUUGACGGAGAAAACUGUGAGUUGACGGAGAAGGACAAGGAGGUGCUGAAGACCCUAUCCACACUGUUGGGCCUCUCCGAUGAACAGUUACUUGGUUGUCUGCUGCAGCGGCAAAUCAACAUUCGGGGAAACAUCACUCACAUUCCCCUCAAACACGCCGAGGCCAAGGAGAACAGACAUGCCAUGGCCAAGACGCUGUACUCCCGCACCUUUGCCUGGCUGGUGGAUCACAUCAACAAGUGUACCAACCCAGGCCAGGACCAAACCAGGUUCCUAGGUGUUCUAGACAUCUUUGGUUUUGAGAACUUUGCUGUCAACUCUUUUGAGCAACUCUGCAUCAACUACACCAAUGAAAAAUUACACAAAUUCUUCAACCACUAUGUGUUUGCUUUGGAACAGGAAAUUUAUCGCCAAGAGGAGAUCAAGUUUUCCCACAUCACCUUCACGGACAACACUGAGUGCCUUGAAUUGCUGGAGAAGCCCCCGAGGUGUGUGCUGAAGCUGCUGUCAGAGGAGUGCCGCAUGCCCAAGGGUGCAGACAAGACUUACUUGACCAAGCUGCACCAGGAGUUUGAAAGUCACCCUAAUUAUAUCAAAGGUGAUGACAGAAGACGAUGGGAGGUGGAGUUUGGUGUCAACCACUAUGCAGGCAAGGUGAUCUACACUGUGCGGGGCUUUGUGGACAAGAACAGAGAUGCUCAGCAGGAUGUCUUCUUUGACCUGAUGAGCAAGUCUCAGAACAAAUUUAUUGCUGACCUAACGAGAUUUCAGGACUUGCUGGGCUGCACCAUAGCCAGGAUGGGCACCAUUCAGAGCACCAUCUCUCGGGGAACCUCCAAAGGCAAGCCCACGGUGUCUGAUGCCUUCCGCAAUCAAUUGCAGGCACUUGUGGAUGUUCUUCAAGCAACUAAUCCUUGGUAUGUGCGGUGCAUCAAGCCAAACAAGAACAAGGCAGCAAACUCCUAUGAUGAGUCAAUGGUGCUGGACCAGCUGCGUUACCUGGGUAUGAAUGACAUCAUCAGGAUCCGUAAAGAGGGAUUCCCAAUUCAUAUGACUUUUGAAGACUUUAUUGUGAGGUAUUUCUGCCUGAACAAGAGGAAGAGAUACCCUGACCAAAAGCAACAUGUGUGUGACAUCAUGAAGUCUCUCUCGCUGUCUGAGAAGGAGUGGCAGGUUGGCAAGAGUAAAGUGUUCAUCCGGCAGAAAGUUUAUGAGCCACUGGAGGACCGUCGGCAGACUACCAUUGUUGCUGCAGCAAUAAAGAUUCAGGCACUGUAUCGUAUGCACAGACACAGGAAAGAGUACCAGAGGAUACAUGCAGCGUGCCUGACAGUACAGAACUACUACCGUGGCUGGAAGCUCCGCCUACAGUUUAUCAGAAAGAGGAGAGCCAUCAUCAUCAUCCAGUCCAAUGUGCGAGGGAUGUUUGCUAGAGAGGUUGCCAAUGCGCUGCGGGAGAUGAAGCGUAUUGAGGAAGAGCAGAGAAGGAGGGAACGUUUGGAGGAAGAGAGGAGACAGAGGGAAGAGGAGGCACAGAAGAUGGCAGCAGAGGAUGAGGCAAAGAAGCAGGAGCUGGAGGAGGCACAGAGCCAACAGUAUGAUGGUCUAGCAGCAGUGGGUGAAGGGAAAGUAGAAGAGGAAUUGGCAACCUUGUCCAACAUCGCAGACACAGUCAACCCCCACCUGGCGGCUUCCAUGACCACCAACCCUGAUGACGCCUCGCAGGGCUCAGGGGAAGGUGUAGACCUAGACAACCUCUUUUCCUUCCUCUCCAACAUGGAAUCAGAAAGACAUGUGCUGGAUGAGAUCCAUCGCCAAAUGGAUGAUUUGACAGUCACUUUUGAUGUGGAGAUUGAAGCACUGAACCACCGUGAUGAGGAUGAAAAGAGGGAAGGCAGCCUGCCUCCCCCACCAGGCUCAGAUAUUUUGGAUCUUUCCCAGUUGCCUCCACCUCCAGGAGAACAACCACUCCCUCCACCCCCAGCUGUUGUGUUGCACCCCCCUGCCCUGCCUGGUGGAGAAAGUGCAUCCAGUCAGCCACCUCAGGAGAAUGGAGAAACUCUGCCUCCUCCUCCACCUCAGAUCAAUGGAUUCCAUGAAGAGGAGAAACCAAAGGAGCCCAUCUAUGAAACCAUCCCUGUGGGCUUGUCAGGGGCACAGACUCGACGGGAACCCAGCUACGUGUCUGGCCCGCCCCCAGCUGGUCCUCCUCCAGCACCACCAGAAGAGGCUGUUGAACUUCGUCGGUCUCGGGAGGCUGCCCCACUCCCUCACUGGGAUGCCUCAGGGGAGCAGCGGCGGCGCAAACCAUCAGGACAACGGCGCACCUCACGGUCACCCUCAGCCCACAGCCCCUGUGCCACACGGCCCAGCACCAGGAGUCCUGCUCCUCGAGCAAACAGCCGCAACAAUGGUGUGGUGGAGGAUCCAGAGCGGGUGGAGCGCAGGAAGCAGCGAGUGGAGCGGAAGCUGCAUGAACUGGAGGAGCUUGGAGAGAACAAGGAAAAUGAAAAUCAAAACCACUUUGACAUGAUAGAGUUUGCUGAGAAAUUCUUCAACAACCAUGAAAGAUCUCCUGAAGGAACUUUGAUGUCAACUCUCACCCGCAAGCGAUCCACUGCAGAAUAUUUACCUAAGUAUGAGUUAAUUACAUACUCCCGUGCCUCCAUCAUCCCCACCUCCCAUGUCCACCUGUAUGAUCCUGAAAACAUCACCCUCGCCUGUACCAUCUUUAGGGAUUUGUGCAAGUAUUGCCGAGGGGAGUUGAAACCCGAGCAGGAAAUCCUCACCAUCCAGACCAUCAUCGGUCAUGGGCUGGAGCGAGAGGAGUUGAGGAAUGAAAUCUUUGUCCAGUGUAUGAGACAAGUGACCAACAACCCCAGCACAGAGUCUCUGGAGCGACUAUGGCUCAUGCUAUGCCUCUGUGUGGUGGCCUUCCAGCCUAGUAAACUCCUGCACAAGUACUUUGUUAGUUUCCUGCAAAAGAACCUAAGUCUAGAGGGGAAGCUGAAGCAAUAUGUUCAGUGGUGUCUAGAGAACUGUAAAAACACCAAGGUAUCCAGCAGACAGCUUCCUCCCUCCUCUGUGGAAAUUGCUGCCAUGAAGAAGCUGGGGACUAUUGUGUGUAGGUUCUUCUUCUUGGAUGGCCGGACAAAAGCUAUUGAUGUUCAUCCUCGAGACACAGCAGGGGAUGCGAUGCAGAAGCUGGCUGACCGCCUUGGCCUGUCUGGAUUGGAAGGCUGGGCCAUAUAUGAGUCUGGAUCUGAAGGAGACAAGCAUGUCAAGAGUCAUGAAUAUCUCUAUGAUGUCAUAUCCUCGUGGGAGAUAAAGCAGCAGAAGGCAACAGGUUCAGGGACACACAGUUCAAGCACCAAGCGCACAACACAGACUGUCAGCGCUGGUGAGAACAGAUUUGUGUUCCGCAAACGUUUGUUCCGCAACCCACGUGAAAUCCCAAGUGAUCCAGUUCAAGUCAAUCUUCUCUACGCCCAAGCAGUUUACUCUGUUGUGCGGGCGGAUGAUUUCCCUAUCAACGAGAAGGUGGCACUGCAGCUGGCAGGUCUGCAGGCACAGGUGGCGCUGGGUGAUCCACAAGAUGGCAAGACAGAGUUCUAUGCUGAUGUGCAACUCUACCUCCCUCAUCGCAUUGCCCAAACCAAAAAACAAGCAGAGUGGGUGCCAAUCCUUGCUCAAGCCCACAAGCAGUAUGGGACAGGGAAGACGGAUAUUGUGGCAAAAGUGUGGUACCUGACAUGUGUGAUGCAGUUCCCGCUGUACGGCACCACCAUGUUCCAAGUGUCUUACCGGGGCUACUGGUCCUACGGCAACACGCUCAUCCUGGGGGUCAACUGUGAUGGCAUUGCUAUGAUCAAACCUGACGACAAAUUUAUUUUAUACGAGUACAGAUAUUGCGACAUAGAAUCUAUCUUUCUAGAUCCCAGUGACAACUUCAUCACCAUCAACCUUCUGCGAACGUUACCAGAUGCUCACAAAUGUUUUGUUUUUGAGACAAAGGAGAAGCAAGAGAUUGGUUUCCUAAUUGCCAGUUACUCUCCCUUGCUGGCAUCUUGGAUCAAAGAUAUGGACUCAAACAAGAAGGUGAAGCAGAUUACAGGUGAGGACCGUGCCAGGCUUUACUACCACCUGGUGCAUAGCCGACGCCAGAUCAUUGACUCUAACAUGCUCAAGAAACCUGUGGAUCAGGGCGGGAACUUUAUUGUCAGCACACUUAGAAGAUUAAACAAGCAGAAACUAGACAAGCUUCGUCAGGAUUAUGGGGAAAACUCAGAGACAUACAAGGGCUUCCACCACAUGUUCUGGGCAUUCUCCAAAACUCCUCUCACGCAGACCAUCAGCAAGAUUCCAUCACCUGAGGUAGAGCAGCAGGCACUUCAGAUAUCUCUUGCCAUACUGACUUAUGCUGGUCUCAACCCUAAUGGUAAGUCUGAGACAGCAGCAACGAGUGAUGACCAGCAGCUGAACAUGGUGCAAGGAAUAGUGGAGCAGUGCAUGAAGAGAGACAUUCUUCUCAAUGAAACCUACCUCCAGCUCAUCAAACAGACUACUGACCAUCCAGAUCCAAAUUCAAGAGUCAACUUAAGACAUUGGUCGCUGUUGACUCUGUUCUGCUCAGUUAUUCCUCCAACAGACAAAAAUGUGAGGAAGUACCUCCGCGCUCACCUUCAGCGGUGCUCCACUGACUAUGUGUCUGAGGAGGGAAAGUAUGCUCGCUAUGCUGAAAAGUGUCUGCUGAAGGCACUCAACAACCGGCGGCGGCAAUGGACGCCCUCUAAGCAAGAGAUCCUGUGCACCAUCAACAGGCGGCCCAUCUAUGCACGCUUCCACUUCAUGGAUGGACAGUUCCACUCCCUUGAGUUUGAUGCCUCAGCAACAGCAGGUGACGUCGUGGAGCUCAUCAGACACAAAAUUGGCUUGAAAGAUACUGCCAAAGGAUAUGCCAUCUAUGAGAUGUUGGGAACCACUGAGCGAUGUAUCCCAAUGGAGGAAGUGUUAGCUGAUGUCAUGUCUCGAUGGGAGCGUUAUCGGCUGUCCACAGCAGCCUCCCUGCACCAGCACCACCAUAUCUUCCUUUUCAAGAAACACUUGCUGUUGGAAUCUUGGAUGGAUCUGAGUGACAAUGUGGAGAAGGAGUUGCUGUACUUCCAGGUCCUGUACACUCUCAGGGCAGACAAGUUCCCUGUGAAGCAAGUGGAGGCUGUGAUGCUUUGUGCACUAAGAGCCCAGAUAGAGCUUGGGAACUUCACUGGGGCAAACAUGGACUAUGGCGAGGUGAUCGCCCACACCCUCUCCCCACGACUCCUGAGUAGCGUGACACACGAGGCUGUUGCAAUGCACCACCAGAGUCUCUUCAACAUGGACUCACAGGAGGCUAAGCAGGCCUUCCUCAAUCUCAUCAAGUCCUGGCCCUUACACCGUGCUACUAUCUUUGAUGUUACUCAAUCUUUCACCUCAAAUUGGCCCAAAGUACUCUGGCUGGCCAUUGACGAAAAUGGGGUCCACCUCCUUGAACACCGUUCUCGUAAUGUACUCUGCACCUACGAGUACGACUACAUCCUCAACUACUCCGCCUCCAUCACCUCCCUCAUGAUCAUCACUGGCUCCACUCGCAAACAGAGCAAAAUCAUCCUCAACACAACUCAGGCCUUCAUGAUUGCCACCUUAAUAAAAGAUUAUGCAGAAGUCUUGAGGGAUGCCGUUGGGAGCACCACAGUGACUAGUGGGCCUCCGUCAGGCUUGAUGGCUGUCCCAGUGCAACAAGACGGGGCUCCACCUCCUGAGCUGCGCCGCUCCCGGCCCCCCAGCAUCAUGGCCCGGCCACCACCCACACUCACCGAGGAGGUUGUCACUCAGUAGGGCAGUGAGUGGCUGAGUGGCUCUCAAAGCAAAAGAAAUGUGAUCUGAUAUCAAUUGUGCUGUGUUAUAUUUUGUAUUUUAUUUUCUGAUUAGCUCUUAGGAAAAUUUUAAUAAAUUUUUCAAUUCUUCAGGGAAGAGAAGGAAGGCAAGUGUCAGGGUAAAAUCAUAUUGUUGAAAAAUCAUUUGGAAUGUGACAGUGCAGUAUUUGACAGGUUUUGCAUUUAUCUACCUUGCUACGUAUGUAUAAUAAUGUUCAGUAUACUCUGCACUGGACUGUAAUUACCUCCAGGAGUAUAAAUUAUAUUUAUCAGUAGAUGCAGAGCGCAAAUGUUCUUUAGAUAUCCUACAUGAUAUGCUUAUUUUUCUGUAAUAAGUCAGCUUUUCAUUUCAAUCAUGUUACCCAGAAUCUAUUAUAGGUGUUUAUUGAGAGGUUCAUCACUAUAGUCUCCCCAUAGAAUAAGAGUCAGAGUGAGUCUGUAAGUGUUUAGCAGGGUGACCCAUGGCCACCUCCUGGGGCUCUGGUGUGCCGCCACUACUGCUGCUGCUGCUGCUGCUGCUGCUAGAAGCUGGCGGUGCUUGGCUCCUCACUUUCGCUCACUCACUUGCUCAAGAGCUUAACAUGCAGGCUGGGGCUUGCCUUUGUUCUCCAAAGGCAAUGGCUGAAGUCCCCUGUUAAAAGUGUUGUGCCAAGAAUUUGGCUCUAAUUAUUUCUGUGUUAACAUUUUUUAUUAGAAAGCAAGUGCUUUUAAGGAUGAGUGUAAACCAUGAUGACAGAAUCUCUACAUAACUUUAGUUAAGUUGAUAAUGAGUGCUUUUUUAUAACAGUAUUUCUUAUGUAAUAUUGAUUAAUGUUCACAGAUUUUUUUAUUUUAAAAUUGCUUCUCAGUUAUUCAUAAAUUCCAUCAAAACACUGCCUUCAACCUCAUGAUAUGUUUACGGCAUACUUAGUUGAUGCACAUUUAGUUUUGUAUGUAUUUUUAACCAACAGUUUCAGACCUAAUUUUUAAAACAUUCUUCUGGUGCUAACUAUUUGUUGACUGUUCUUAAUGUGUGAUGCAAAAAUGGGUAUCUAAGUUUGGAGAGUUUGCAUGUCUUAAAAAGUUUCUGCAGGCACUUAUAGCUAAACCUACAGUAGUCUGGAGUAGAGAAGCAUUUGUACUGAUAUUUAUAACUUCAUAAAGACUUAAUGUAAAUGAAAUCAAUGACCAUCACCAUCAUUAUGGAUAGUCAGAAAAAAAAAAAAAAAGUGAUCCUCCUCCUAGUGGUGGUGGUGGUGGAGCCUGUAGCCAGCAGGAACCUAUCACAAGCUCUGCUGCUGAGGGUGUAUGUAGCAGCAGGUGCUGAUCUAAUCAAUAUGUACAGGUAAAAAUGAGGGGAAAGACAGAUACAAUCACCAUCUUGUUUAUGCUAGUCGUCAUGUACUUCCUCCUUCUGUUAAGGACAUUACUAGUUUAAGUGAUGAGAAUUAUUCUUUUUUUUCUUUUUUCUCCUCUCUCCUUUUCCUCUCCUUAAAAAAAUGUUUGGAAAGUUGUGUGUGUGUGUGUGUGUGUGUGUGUGUGUGUGUGUGUGUGUGUGUGUGUGUGUGUGUGUGUGUGUGUGUGUUUUAUCAUACUUAGACUUUAUUUUUUUUGUGUGUGUAUGUGUGUGUGAUGCUAAUGAUCAAAGAUUUUAUGUGUUUCUUCUCACCACGUACUAGUGUGUAUAUAAUGUAAAAAGUGACAAAAGGAUUAUUAAUUAUAAAAAUGGAUUGUAGACUAGGUUUGCCUUUAACUAAAAAGUAUUACAGGACAGGAAUCAUGUCCAACAUGUUAUUAUGUAAUUAUAGAUAUAUUUUUUGCUUUGUUAGUUUUUAUUCUCACAAACAAAUACAAAUGAACGCAAUCAACAGUUGUAUUCAGGGGCUACAGUGACUUGUUUGCUUUGUACAUUAUUGUAGCAACUAUUUUGGAAACUGGACUAAUGAAUGUGGGAUCAUGCUUGGUCUAGAUUUUUUUAUUUUUAUUACAGUUCUUUCAGUCCCACUCUCUAUACAUGCAUGCUGAUGUAUUAAAUGCUCAACUCUUAACUAAAUUAGGGUUAAGACACAAACGUUUUGAAAAUGUGAUAUUUGAGCAUUAAUGGUUUUUCUCUUAUUCUUUUUUUUUUAAUCAAUAAAAAUAAGCAGUCAGAAAGAAAAAGACAGUUAACUGAGAGUGAAAGUGAAAUCAUCUUUAAAGAUUACUACUGUUUUUCCUUUUCUUUAUCUUUCUUUAUAUGUAAAAUUGAAUUAUCAGAAAACUGAAAAAAAUAUCUGCUGUUCAUUUUUAAAAAGUAUAGACAGUCAAUUGAGUGAAAAUGUGAAAAUACUUCAACAUUAUUUGUUUUUAUCUUUAUCUUAUUCUUUUCUUUUAUAAUUUUAAAGUAACUUGUCAGAAAGUAAAAACUACUCUGCAUGUUUAAGAAGUAAAGACAGUUGACUGAGAGUGAAAAUGAGAGAAUUAAUGUGUGUUUUUUUCCUUUCUUUCCAACAUGCAAAAGAAAAGCAAAAAAAAAAAAAAAAAUGUUGUAAAUGUUUGAGAAGCCAAGACAGUCAGUUGAGAGUUUCCUUCACGUGACCUGCCUGUGUAGACUAACCAAUUUGUGUCUCUUCUUGAGUGGUUGGUGGUGACCCUGUGUGUGCUGGCCCUGUCUCGUGUCUGUCCUCACCAUGUGGUCUCUGUAGUAGCACAAAAGAAAGGAGCCAGUGGCUCAUUUUAAGCUAUACAUAUUCCAGAUGAAGGUACCAUUGUAAGAUUCGGUAUUAUUUAUGUGCAUACCACCAAAUAUAAAAGAAGAUCAGUUUGUGUUUAUAUAAAAAAAUUGUGAUACCUCAGCAUAUUAAGAAACAUGUGUGCUGUUUGAAGCACAAAGAUGCAUUAUAGAUAUUAACAGUAUUUGAUUCUCAUGCCUUUUGUACUUAACAUUUUUACCAAAGACUCACCAGGUAUGUAAAUGUGUGUGUGUGUGUGUGUGUGUGUGUGUGUGUGUGUGUGUGUGUGUGUGUGUGUGCGUGUGCGUGUAUGUGUGUGUGUUUGCGUGUAUGUGUGUGUGUGUGUGUGUGUGUGUGUGUGUGUGUGUGUGUGUGUGUGUGUGUGUGUGUGUGUGUUUGGCCUGCCACAAACAUGUUGAUCUCCCCUGUGCUUCUCCAUGACACGGUUGUGGUCUCUUCCUUGGCUCACUCAGCUUGACAGCGAUGGAAGAAAAUGAGGAGUUGCUAUUUUAUGAUUUAUGUUCCAUAAAGAAAAUAUGUAACAGUAUUUUAUUUAUGGUGGUGGCAGAAGCAAAAGAGGAGUUGCUAUUGUAUUUGUUCCAUAAAGAAAGUGUGAACCAAAUUUUUAUUUAUGGUGACAAGAAAAUUAGUUACUAUUUAUGUUCCUUGAAGAAAAUGUGAAUGUACCAGUAUCUCUUAUUUAUGAUGGUGACAGAAGAAAAUUAGGAGUCAUGAUUAUAUUGUGUUUCAUAAAGAAAAGUGCACCAGUAUCCAAUAGUCAGCUUUAUACAAUUUUGUGAUGGUAACAAAAGAAAUGAGGAGUCACUGUUAUAUUUAUGACAAAGAAAACAUGUACUAGUAUUGAAGGUUUUUUUCUUUUUCUUUUUUUUUAUUUCAGGUGUAUACUUGGAGGAGAUGCAAUAAGAGAUGUCGUAAUAUAACAAGGGUAAUGAAGACAAUGUAGAGAAGUGGUCAAAGGAGCUGCUUGACCAAUUAUGUUAACUCUUAUUCCUUCAUUGCAAAUUGUGUUCAAACCUAUUGACUCCUUCAUAUUCUUCCAGUGGUGAAGUAAAAGUUUCUUCCCUGUGGGUCUUGAAAGUUUUGUACAAUCCAUACAAUUACAACUUUAUUUCUGACUAUGUGAAAUGCAUACUUUUUUUUUUUUAUGAGUUGUUUUGUAGUCUGAUGUGUUUGAGAAUUCUUCCAGUUAGGGUGAAAGCAAGGCACGGUGGAUUGGACAAAUGUGCUGCAAAAAAGUAUUGUUCAUUUCUGAUGUUGGUGUGAGACUUUUAAUUAGCUUUUAUAAAUAUUGUCAGUGAUAUGUCAAAUGUUAUUUCUACACAAAUAUAUAACAAUGAUGCUCUGUAAUUGUCUGUCAAAUGGAACCUUUUAGGGCAGUGGUUGGAUGAAUGAAGUUAACUUGAGUAGGUAUUGAGAAAUGGAACAGAAAACUCUCUCUCUCUCUCUCUCUCUCUCUCUCUCUCUCUCUCUCUCUCUCUGAAGUGAAGUAAGUUAAUUCAUCAUAACACUUGUGACCAGCUGUACAUGUCCAAAUACAGUGGUAUGUUCUUUUCUCCUACCAAACCUUCACAUUAUUCACCAAACAUAAACUGUCUUAGUACCGCAUGAUUAUGAAAUUCACAGGAAGUAGGAUCAGAUAUACUUGUUAAUUAGGAAGGACAUACAUACUGAGAAUCAAGAAGCUAAUUAAUCCUUACAUCAUGCUAUUUAUUUAUUUUUAUUUAUUUUUUCCAAUUUAAGUUUUGCAGACGUUAAUCCACUUUCUUUAAUCUUAAUGUUUUGAAAAACAAGCAAUAUAUGCAUUGGUCCCUUUAUCAGUAGUUCGGAAAUAGCCAUUUAUCACAGAAGUUGUUUUGUGAUUCGUGUCAACAAGAAAGAAAUUAACAAAAAUCGAGGAAAGCUUUGAUAUACCUGUAGCUCACAAUAUACUAGUAAAGUUUCACUUAUCAGUACCUCGUGAUAGGAAAAAAAUAAAAUAAAUAAAUAAAUAAAUAAAUAAAUAAAUAAAAUAGAAAUAAAAAGAUCGGUUUCUCUUGUUCUCUGUAAAUGUCAUAAUACUAGAAAAGAACAGCAAACAACAGCAAACAACAGCAAGAAGAAAUGAACAAGAUUGAAUAAUUUGAUUUUAUUCAAGCGCCACACGCAUUGGAGUGAUAAAUGUGAGUUUUUCUGUUAUCAGCAAGAUAUGUACUAAGGAUUCAAAAUGGUGGUUUUACUUUUUUACUAAGAAAUAAAAGAUCAUAUUAAAUCAUAAUCAUAAAUGACGGUAUACUCGGGAAUUUAAAAUCGUAAUUUGAAAUUAGGAUUGCGCAUGCGUCACUCCCGCGAGAACAUGGUGCCUCGAUCCAAGGAGGAGGAAGCUUGUGAAGUGGCGCGCAAGGAAGAUAGUGGUGCAUCAGGCAGGUGACCUAAUGUGACCUAGCCUUGACACCUGCACCUCCACAUGUCAGCUGGGCACUUGUACACUCCACAAUUCUAGAAUUAAUUGAUGAGCUACAGAACUACAGCAUCGUUCAGGUGGCAGCCGGAGACCAGCACUCUCUUGCUCUCACCUCCUGGGGCCUGGCAUGAUGAAGACGUCAGGCGAUAAACAGUGCACACGCGGGACUGAGUCACUCAGUAAACACAGUGCAGUGGGCCGCGGGUGGCGCGAAGCAGUACGCUCUGGUGGCGAGGGGACAAAGUAUGCCUUGCGCGGGAAUUUUAAUCGAUUUUAAUCCUGGCUUGCCUCUCUUCCAAGGGACUUUACACUAAGGCUGGUUACUGUGUACAAGAAUAUGGUGGUACAAAUCCUGAAUUCAGCUCACCAAUCUAGCUCUGAGAGAGACCGGCGUGCCCUCGUGUCUUCCCUGCAGCUGUUGUCCCUGGUCCACGGUCUGAACUUCCAAGCCGGCUGCCGAGUGGGGUGGUUGAACUACGACGACUGUUACAUCCCAGAAAUUGCAGAGAAAAUUGAUAUUAGGAAUGAUUACUUGAACUAGAUGAACAGCAGGCUUCACCCGAUGUCCAGGAGGGAGAGUCCAAUCCUGUUCUGUGAGUAUCCAUUCUUGUUCGACCCUCAGGCCAAGACGCUGCUGCUCAGGUGUGACGCCACUCGUCAGAUGAGAACGAGGUGCAGGACAAAUUAGGCAUUGUGUGUGGACUGGCAAUCUACAACUUCACCAUCAUCAACCUGCCCUUCCCAAUUGCACUGUACAAGAAGUUACUGUGAGAGACUAGGCUUGGAUGACCUCACCGACCUUGACCCGCAGCUGACCAGGUCACUGCGAGAUCUGCUGGAGUACAAGGGAGGUGACGAGGAGGAAGUUUAUGGCCUCGACUUCACUUUGACCCAGGAUUACUUUGGGGAGUGCAAGAGUGUCCCCCUGAAGGCUGGAGGGGAGGAGAUGUCAGUCACACAGCAGAACAAUGUUGCCAUGGUGACGGUGGUGGUGGGCAUGAUACAGAUGCGGGAGCUGGAGUUUGUGCCCGAUGGAGACAUGCAGCUGGACAAAUUCUGUUGCUCAUUGCUCAGACUGGAGUUUACAUGUAUACCUCCUUCACCAUCAUUGGUGGACACUUCACCAUGAGUGAUGCUUGAGCUGUCAUGGUGCUGCUGCUGUUGUCUGCCAUCAUCCCCCUGACACAGACCACCCUGCAGACCAUCUUCAUCCUGGGUGUCACACGUCGCUGCUGCUACAGCUCAGAGCAACUGGAGCGCAAGCCAGGAAGGGAGAUGGUUCGUUCGAUGCAAGGAGUUGGCACAGGAGGCGUCCGAGGCUGUGUAGAGCGGCCGUCUGAACCUGGUGCCACAGCUUACUAUGUUCAACAGAUGCCUGAAGGAAGUGUGUGUAAGGGAGGAUAAAGAGAUCAUGCUGGCCUAUGCAGACGAUGUCGCUGUCGUGACAGGAAGCCAACAAGAUCUUCAAGAGGCCAUGACAAGAUGGAAUGAUGUUUUAAAUAGGGAAGGAAUGAGAAUGAACAAACAAAAAACUUAUUUACUAGUGGACAAGCAACAAGUGAUGGUGUGGCUCUGAGCCACUGUAGUAGGGAUGUUAUGGUUUAAGUGUAGGAAGUUGCAAAUGCUCACCUAACAAUUGCACCUUAGUAGAAAAACACAAACAGGAAGUUUAUGCAAGUUUUUAUCCUUAUAUAAAAUGUUGUAUUGCAUCAAACCUCCAUACAUUACUGUCUCUAUCCAGUAUGAGACCGGUGUUCAGGAAGCACAAGCAUGUGCUGAAUAACAAGAAGCCGGCAUUGGUGAAGGUGACAACAUUUCAUCUAUUUAUACAUACUUUUUAUUAUUAAAGCUUAUCUUAUAAUUAUUUCUGAAGAGAUUGACUAAUUUUUGUAGUAUUUAUGACUUAGAACUAUGAUAAAGCUAUGAAUUGAUAUAAUUCCUGAUUUGUUUUAUCUUUUCAUUAUCCUUCCUUUGUUAAUUGAGCAUUUUAUAUUACUUAGCUUAAAAAUGCAAGAACGGUUCAGAAGUAUCCAAUCUUGGGCUAAGGGCCAAAAUUAUGGUAUCAUUCAAAAUGUCCUUCAAAGAAAGCCCUCUGUAAUCCAACACACUUAGCCCAUUAAUCCUUCCAUUUCUCAUCAAUUUGUUCAACAUUCAUAUUUUUCCCUUAUAGGGUUGAACAAUUUUCAUGGGUUCAGAGCAAAAGGCUUCCUCAUUCCUCCCCAAGGUAUUCUCGGAUGGUAAGCAGGUUUGACUCUGGAGCAAACCUGACCAAGGGCUACUGCCCAAGGCUACAGAGGUUCCUCUCCCUGAGGCUGAAUGCACCAUGUGAGAUGGUUCUGUUAUGUGGAUGAAUGUCAUGGUGGAUAGCAGUGCCACCACAUUCCUACAAUCAUCCAUCACUCCACUGCUCAAACGCUUCUGCAACCAAUGAUAGGUAUGCUGCCACAUUCUGCAUGGUCUCCUUGGCUCUCAGAUAAGGAUACUGUCAACAGGUUUGGGAUUGCCAAAAAAUCAUAAGGAGCUAUGUCUGAAAAGUCCAGAGAGAGAGAGAGAGAGAAAGAAUGAGCAAGAGAAAGAGUAGGAUGAAGCAAAGGAAGAGUCAAGAGGGAGGAAGAGAGAGUAGGACAAGAAAAAACAGAACAAAUAAAUCCCCUACACGUCUUGUCUCCAUUCACACAAGCCAUGAAAAGCUUGUCCAUCCCUGAGUGCUCAGAAGCAGUGUUCCACUGAUGAUGUGGAAACUUGAGACACCCAAUCAUUUAAUGGGCUUUAGUAGGUUUUGUCACCAGUCUUCUGUGUGUCACUGACUACAUUUUGAAAUUUUUAUCUGUUCUAUUUAAUUUUGUGUGUAUGUACACAAUGUUUAUGGUCAAUAAACUAUUUAUAAAACUAUUUAUCUGUGUGAGUAAGAUAAAAGCAGUUAUUAUUAUUUUUAUUAUUAUUAUUAUUAUUAUUAUUAUUAUUAUUAUUAUUAUUAUUAUUAUUACACAUUUUCCUCCUUGUAUUUAAAUAUUAUUAUUAUUAUUAUUAUUAUUAUUAUUAUUAUCAUGAAUUGUUCUUGUUUAUAAAUAAAAUACUGUAACUGA